AUUCUCUUACGCCAAAGCUUCCGGCCCACCAUCUUUGUCCCUGGCAAAUUGGGUUUUGCGCAGUGGCUUAGAUCUAGAGAGAAUCGUGACGGGCAGGAAACCAUUACACCACCACCCGGGCUGUGCUCUCCGGCUGCCGCCGCCACCCCGCCCUUGCCUCCGGUACACUCUAAAGAUCCAGAAUCAUGACUGACUCCAAGUACUUCACAACCAAUAAGAAGGGAGAAAUCUUUGAAUUAAAAGCUGAACUCAACAAUGAAAAGAAAGAAAAGAGGAAGGAGGCUGUGAAGAAGGUGAUUGCUGCUAUGACCGUGGGGAAGGAUGUUAGCUCUCUCUUCCCAGAUGUGGUGAACUGUAUGCAGACUGACAACCUGGAACUGAAGAAGCUGGUGUACCUCUAUCUGAUGAACUAUGCCAAGAGUCAGCCAGACAUGGCCAUCAUGGCUGUCAACAGCUUUGUGAAGGAUUGUGAAGAUCCUAAUCCUUUGAUUCGAGCAUUGGCAGUUAGAACCAUGGGGUGUAUCCGGGUGGACAAGAUUACAGAAUAUCUCUGUGAACCCCUCCGCAAGUGCUUGAAAGAUGAAGACCCCUAUGUUCGGAAAACAGCAGCAGUCUGUGUGGCAAAACUCCAUGAUAUCAAUGCCCAGAUGGUGGAAGACCAGGGAUUUCUGGAUUCUCUGCGGGAUCUCAUAGCAGAUUCAAAUCCAAUGGUGGUGGCUAACGCUGUGGCGGCAUUGUCUGAGAUCAGUGAAUCUCACCCAAACAGCAACUUACUUGAUCUGAACCCUCAGAAUAUCAAUAAGCUGCUCACAGCCCUAAAUGAGUGCACUGAAUGGGGCCAGAUUUUCAUCCUGGACUGCCUGUCUAAUUACAACCCUAAAGAUGACCGGGAAGCCCAGAGCAUCUGUGAGCGAGUGACUCCUCGACUCUCCCAUGCCAACUCUGCGGUGGUGCUUUCAGCCGUGAAAGUCCUGAUGAAGUUCCUGGAGCUCUUACCCAAGGACUCCGACUACUAUAACAUGCUGCUCAAGAAGUUAGCACCUCCGCUUGUCACUCUGCUGUCGGGGGAGCCAGAAGUGCAGUAUGUCGCCCUGAGGAACAUCAAUCUAAUUGUCCAGAAAAGGCCUGAAAUAUUGAAGCAGGAAAUUAAAGUCUUCUUUGUGAAGUACAAUGAUCCCAUCUAUGUUAAACUAGAGAAGUUGGACAUCAUGAUUCGUCUUGCAUCCCAAGCUAACAUUGCGCAGGUUCUGGCAGAGCUGAAGGAAUAUGCCACUGAGGUCGACGUGGACUUUGUUCGAAAAGCUGUGAGGGCCAUUGGACGGUGUGCCAUCAAAGUGGAGCAAUCAGCAGAACGCUGUGUAAGCACAUUGCUUGACCUAAUCCAGACCAAAGUAAAUUAUGUGGUCCAAGAGGCAAUUGUUGUCAUCAGGGACAUCUUCCGCAAAUACCCCAACAAGUAUGAAAGUAUCAUUGCCACUCUCUGUGAGAACUUGGACUCCCUGGAUGAGCCCGAUGCUCGAGCAGCUAUGAUUUGGAUUGUAGGAGAAUAUGCUGAAAGAAUCGAUAAUGCUGAUGAAUUACUAGAGAGCUUCCUGGAGGGUUUUCAUGAUGAAAGUACCCAGGUGCAGCUCACGCUGCUUACUGCCAUAGUGAAGCUGUUUCUCAAGAAGCCAUCAGAAACACAGGAGCUGGUCCAACAGGUCUUGAGCUUGGCCACACAGGAUUCUGAUAAUCCUGACCUUCGAGAUCGGGGUUAUAUUUAUUGGCGCCUUCUUUCAACUGACCCUGUGACAGCCAAAGAAGUAGUGCUGUCUGAGAAGCCACUGAUCUCUGAGGAGACAGACCUCAUAGAGCCUACCCUCCUGGAUGAGCUCAUCUGCCACAUUGGUUCUUUGGCCUCUGUGUACCACAAGCCUCCAAAUGCUUUUGUGGAAGGGAGUCAUGGGAUUCAUCGCAAGCACUUGCCCAUUCAUCACGGGAGCACUGAUGCAGGGGAUAGCCCUGUUGGCACCACCACUGCAACCAACCUGGAACAGCCUCAGGUUAUUCCCUCUCAAGGUGACCUUCUGGGGGAUCUUUUAAAUCUUGACCUGGGUCCCCCAGUGAAUAUGCCACAAGUGUCCUCCAUGCAAAUGGGAGCUGUGGACCUUUUAGGAGGAGGACUGGAUAGCCUGCUUGGCAGUGACCUUGGCGGGGGCAUUGGAGGAAGUCCGGCAGUAGGACAGUCCUUCAUCCCAUCAUCGGUGCCUGCAACCUUCGCUCCUUCUCCUACUCCUGCUGUGGUCAGCAGCGGUUUGAAUGACCUGUUUGAACUUUCCACGGGGAUAGGCAUGGCGCCUGGUGGAUACGUGGCUCCUAAAGCAGUCUGGCUACCUGCAGUAAAGGCUAAAGGCUUGGAGAUCUCGGGCACGUUCACUCAUCGCCAAGGGCACAUCUAUAUGGAAAUGAACUUCACUAACAAAGCUCUGCAGCACAUGACGGACUUUGCCAUCCAGUUCAACAAGAAUAGUUUUGGUGUCAUCCCGAGCACACCCUUGGCCAUCCAUACUCCACUGAUGCCAAACCAGAGCAUUGAUGUCUCUCUGCCUCUCAACACCUUGGGCCCAGUCAUGAAGAUGGAACCUCUGAAUAACUUGCAGGUGGCUGUUAAAAACAAUAUUGAUGUCUUCUACUUCAGCUGCCUCAUCCCACUCAAUGUGCUUUUUGUAGAAGAUGGCAAAAUGGAACGCCAGGUCUUCCUUGCAACAUGGAAGGAUAUUCCCAAUGAAAAUGAACUUCAGUUUCAGAUUAAGGAAUGUCAUUUAAAUGCUGACACAGUUUCCAGCAAGCUGCAAAACAACAAUGUUUACACUAUUGCCAAGAGGAAUGUGGAAGGGCAAGACAUGCUGUACCAGUCCCUGAAGCUCACUAAUGGCAUUUGGAUUUUGGCCGAGCUACGGAUCCAGCCAGGAAACCCCAAUUAUACGCUGUCGCUGAAGUGCAGAGCCCCUGAAGUCUCUCAGUACAUCUACCAGGUCUAUGACAGCAUUUUGAAAAACUAAUAAAUGGGUCCUGUACCCUCCAGCCACCCUGUAAUCGGUGCAAGCCAAGAACUCUUAACUGAAAGAAGUCGUACUGCUGUGUAGAGCCUGAACCCCAACACUGCGCCACCCACCCCGGUAGUGACCAGUCGCCCUGUGCUGACAUUAGCAUUCACCCCGUUGGAUAGGUUAGCUUCCUGUGACGUGUGUAACCACUGCUUCCGUCAUUCCCCACUUCUGCCACCUGCUGCUGCUCUCAGUCCUUCCCUGUGAGCUUCUCCAUGCUGUGCCAAUGGCUAGCCUUUUCUACACCCUCUUUUGAGUGUAGUUUGAUAUUUUGUAAUCGAAAGCUCAUUUCACAAGCAGAAAAGGGCAACAAGUUAAUUAAAGCAAGGAAAAGUGUCACUGAAACAUAAACUGCACCUUAUUGUUUUCUAUUUUUGUACAGAUGAGAAAUUGAGGUAGAACGAUGAGUAGGGAGGGUUGAUUGACCGUCAUUCGUAGAGGAGAAACAGGCACGGCCCCAGCCCCUUCUGGGGAGGGGGGUUCUCUUGUCUUUGGCAACCCUGCUCCUGGUCAUUUGCAUUCUUUUUCCCAUCUAUCCAGAUUCUUUCCUUGGCCAAGCCUUCAAGCUCCCUUAUGUCCCUCGCUAUCUCAUUUGAUGACUCCAUGCUUGGCAGUGGUGGUCUUCAUUGUUUCUGAAUGCAGGGACCCUGGGCCUGUAGGCACAAAGCCGAGAGAUGAUAGAAGGCUGUUCCCUUCCACUGUGUUGCCCUAGUGAUCACACUGACUGACGAGCUGAGAGGAGAUGAGUGAGAACCACAGUGCCCUCCCCUAGCCUUCUUCCCUCUGUUCCUCGGGGACAGUUCACACCGAAAGUCAGGGUUCUCGAGUCAAAAUAGAUUUUAAUGGUUUAUCCAACCUUGUUUUUCAACAAAGAAAGGUAACAGGAAAAAAGAUUAUUGCUGAGGCCUCUUGACUCUUGAGUAGCAGAGCUGAGGCUGGUUCCCUAAAGCUCCGUCAGCUCCCCUGUAUGGCUGGCUCGUUGCUAUUCUUUUCCUGUGCCUGCCUGCGGCUCUUUGCAUACUCUGUACUGAGUUUGGUGCUCCACCAUUGACUGGUGGCAGGUGGCGGUUGACAUCUCAGUUACCUGAAUACACAUCCAGGUACUGAGAGUGAAGUGGAGCUAACAUUUGCCAGGCUCUCCUAGAGCACAGUUCUGGAGGCCAGCAGUGAGUGUAGAGAGGUUGUCAGUUCUCGCUGUCCCUCAGCUCCCUGAUCUGCUCUCCAUCCAUGGUACUCAAGCUCCAAAGCAAAGUAAGAUCAUCCCAGAAGGCCAUGUAGUUCUUGUCAUCUUUCAAAGGGCUGAGGAUGUGAGGUCCCCUCCUGUAGCACAUUGGUUGAUUCAUCAGAGAAUGCCUCAUACCCACUGCCCUCUGAGGACUGUUCACACUGUUAGAGAUGGCACAGCCUGGCACCUUGUAGUCAGGGUCCAUUAAGAGUUCCCUGCUGAAGUCAGAAGUAUGCCAGGGUCCAGAGACCUCAUCCUCAUGCUGGACUCAGCCCUAACUGGAUCCAGAGGAGAGGUUGUGGAAAAUCAGAUAGAAACCAGCUUCCUUCAACCGAGUGCUGGAAUGAUCCUGUUUUCUCUCAAGUUCCAUAAGCCUUUAGCAUCUUUGCUGGCUGGUGGAAAGGAAAUACAACCCUCCCUCACCAUGCGGGAAUAGGAAAUGCUGCAAGGCUGUGUGGGAGGCAGGUAGGUUGGUGAUAUGUUGGGUGGAAAAGCAAGUUGACAAAGUUCCCUUGUUGAGACUCAUUCAUGGAGUCGGUUGGAUAUGAGUAGUGUAAGGGGUUCACACUACAAACACAGUUUUCUCAUCUCAAAGCAAACUGUAGUUCCCGAAAGAAGAGUAUUUGCCCGGGCAAGCAGAGAACAAUUUGAUGCCAGGGUGUGCCCACCCCUGAAACUGAGGCCUCUCUACCUGUGUUGGAUAAGAACUGCUGUUCUCUGCUGGCCUAACUGAGCCAAUCGGUGAUGUCUGACCCCCUGGGGAAGCCACCUCUCACUCCACCCAGGCAGAGCUAGGGAGGGAUGCUGCUUCUAUGAAAGGGCCUCCUGAAGAGACAACAGUCUGCUGCCCCUGCCGCAGCUUCCCUCCAGGCCCCUCUCAAGCUUGGCCAGAUUGGGAGAGCGGAGUCGGGUUCCUCUGUAUCCUCUCUCCUUGCUCUAAGUGUGUCUCUGAUGUGAGCUGGAGUUAAGAGGGCAGGGAAACAAACACAUUGGAGCUCUUCUGGGUCAGAGUCCUUGAGUGUCUGUCCUCAGCCAAGCCUGGUCUGUGUGUCUGUGUUGUGAAGCUUGGGACACUGGAGCCAGGUGUGUGAGGGUAAAGGUUGCCCUAAGAAUGCUUGUUCUUCUGUUCUUGUUGGGAUUUGUUCGGGGGGAGGGGGGUUGGGGGAAACUUC